UGUUAUGAAAUGGAACGGUACCUGAAAGACGAACCAAAAAUGAAACUUAAGAAACUUCCAGCAGAAGUGGACCGGACUUGGUACGGUUACGAUUUCAACGACAACCACUUCGACGCAUUCUCCUCAGCCAGUUCCCCCAUGUCGUGGGACGGAGCCCUCUCAUGUGCCAUAUUGGUUAAACAGGAACCAUUAAUAGAUGAUGAUGAGGACGAAGAUGAUGACGAAGACAGUGACCUACAGUUACGCCUCUCUUCCCGAAACCCAGCAACCCUCACGCCACCCUCGUCGCCAGAAUCGGGCCAAGGGGGCUUGAGUAACGAAAGCUCGAGUGCGAGUGAUUUGGACGUUUGCGGAUUGCGGAUUAGCAAUCGAAACACGAUCGUUCGAGUGCGAGCAUCCGGUCUCACUCGGUAUAUUUCGGUAGUGCCGUCUAGACCCGCGGUUAGUAAUAAUAAUAAUAAUAGUAGUAGUAAUAAUAAUGGUAGUAGUAUAUCGACGUCUUCUCAUCAGCCGCAAAAGCAUCAUUCCCGUUUGGACCAUUCGCCGGAUAGCAAAAGGCGAAUACACAAGUGCCAAUUUCUCGGAUGUAAGAAGGUUUAUACGAAGAGUUCGCAUUUAAAGGCUCAUCAGAGAACGCAUACAGGCGAAAAACCCUAUAAAUGCUCGUGGGAUGGAUGCGAGUGGAGAUUUGCCCGUUCCGACGAGCUCACCCGACAUUACCGCAAACAUACGGGAGCCAAACCCUUCAAAUGUCGCCAUUGUGACCGAUGUUUCAGCCGAUCUGAUCAUUUAGCGUUGCACAUGAAGCGGCAUACCUAGAUAGCUCUACCUCCUACUUUAUAAAUCACUGCCAGUUAGUUACCUAAAACAGUGAGAAUAUGAUUUAAUCUGACUUCUGUAUACGGGUAUACAUGUACAGACUGUACUUUCGAGUGUCUAACAUCCCGCAAAGGAAUGGUGCAAUAAUGUAACGAUAUAUGAUGUCACAGCCAAAUGCAAAGCCUGCUCAAAGUCAACACAAUGUGUAUUUGAGAGAAUGAACUACAUAGACUACAUACGACGAUCGAUUGUAUAUUGUGUUGUGUGUUAUGUGACGUCAUCUAUUUAUAAUGGAAUCCUCGCUAGGUUGAUAUUGUGCUGUUAUUGCUUGAGAAAAAUAUGGAGAACGGUUAUUUUUUCCGGAAACCUGGACUAAGUAUUCUUAAUUUUCGUACUGGGACGAUAGUUGGGACGCAGUCUAUAAUAAAUAAUUUAUUAUAUAAUAAUCUAUACAAUGAUAGAAAAAAUAUGUGGAUCGUAGGAAAUUUUUAUAAUGUGGCAACGCCGCAACAUUUUUUAUUACUUUUUUAAAUCGAUUUAGUCUUAAUUGUUGGUAAUAUAAAUAAACUGACUCAUGAUUAGGUCUAAAAAAAAAACAAUUUUCUUAACUGAGACUGCAAAUUUGUUAAAUGUUUGAAUAGUUAAAUAUUUAAAGGUUGUGUAAUUUAAAGGAAAAGAAGGAAAAUGCGUAUAUGAUCCUAUACUGAUAAAUUGGCUCACUUAUAGUAUAGUGUUAAUAUGUACAGAUUGACUCGUAAAUUUUUCCUAAUAGGUACCAUCAGGGAAAUAGCAUUUUGGAAGUUUUGAAGCUGUCUGUCAUUGUCAAUAAGAAUCCUGCCCGUGAAAAUUGCAUCUUCUACAUAUAUCGAUGCCUCAGAAGCCAAUCGGUGUAAGUCAAUAAGUGUUUAAAAUGAGAUACUAUGUAAGAUGUUUCUGAAAGUAGUUGCAGAAAUAUAAGUAGUUAUUAAAAACAAGUAAACCGUCUUUAUUGAUCAUAAUAUGGGUAAUAUAUUCAUAAAUCAUUAUAUAUAAUGUAUAAUAAUAUGUGUUUAUCUCAUAAGUCAUUUUUGGGAGAAUGUGACUUACACCGUUUGACUUCUGAGGCAUCCAUAUAAUGGCACUACAGCCCUUAGAAGCCCUUCGCUUCGCUGGUCUUCACUAGUUUCUUCCACUUUUUACGGUCCUUUACUUGCUUUUCCAGUCCCUUAUUACUUAAUUUCUUCUAUCUCCUUGUUUCCCUAUAUUUUAUUGCUCUAGUGGCUCAAAUUCGCUAUCAGAAUGUUUAUAAAAUAAUUUCUGCCCCAAUAUUUAUACUAUACUUAUUUCAUUACAAUGAAAAAAAAAAUGUUUUAUUAAAAGUCACCUUAAAAUCAGCAAAGUUUUGUCAAUAUCUGCAAAACCUUAUUGAUAUCCGCAGAACUCUAUAUAAUAUAUCCUCAUAACGUUAUUGAUUUCCGCAUCUGCGGAUAUUUAAUAAUCUGCCUGUUUCCCUAUAUUUUAUUGCUCUAGUGGCUCAAAUUCGCUAUCAGAUUGUUUAUAAAAUAAUUUCUGCCCCAAUAUUUAUACUAUACUUAUUUCAUUACAAUGAAAAAAAUGUUUCAUUAAAAGUCACCUUAAAAUCAGCAAAAUGUUGUCAAUAUCCGCAAAACCUUAUUGGUAUCCGCAGAACUCUAUAGAUAUCCGCAUAACGUUAUUGAUAUCCGCGGAUAUUUAAUACAAAUAAUUUUUUCAUUCAAUUUUACUCAACAGUCAAUAUUGAUAAAGAUUUGGGAUACUUCCAAAUGCACGCUAAUCGUGUUAUACCAAUAAUUGUUUGGAUAAUUUUAAAACGAAAAAGAAGUUUAAACAAAUACACUAUCUAUACGAAUUGAUAACUUUAAUCACACAACUUUAAACUUAACUCAUAACGAAUACUAUUAGCUAAAAUAUACAACUAUUAAAAAUCACGUGAAUUUCUCUUAUCUCUAAUUCGCCUAGAAAAUUAGUCAAUGUCUUUAAAUAAAUUAUCCACAAGACGUCAAACGUCAUCCUCGGUGUCGUAUCACCACCAGACAGUCCCAACUGUCGUCCGCAUACUUCUACUAAACCCUAAACAAAUUUUUUAUUGAGAAUUUUUAAAGUAAUACUUAUCAAGGAGGGAAAGACAUUUUUUAGAUAGGGACUUAAGGAAAAAUAUAAUCUAUUAUCAAUUCAAAACAUGCCAAAGUAAAAUAUAAAUAUUAAUAUUAAUGUUCUAGCAAUUUAUUAUAACCUAUACAGGAAGGAGGCAGAAAUACCGACAGGAAGUGUUCAUGAAUGUAAAAAAACCGAAAAUAUUCUAAAGAAAGAUAUUUAUACUAGUCCACAAUACCAAGACAUUAUGAAUGUCGUAAUUAAAUUCGGUUUUUUUUCUGUUUUCUUUACUCUUUCAUUAUGAAUAACCAAAUCCGUUCUACAAACAUUAUAUCAACACAAGAGGGUCUCUUAGAUCAGGAUUUUUUAGGUACACAUAGCAUUUUAUAUAAAUAAGUUAUUUUGUUAUUUUGCUAGAUUUUAAUUAUGCUAGAUUUUAUUAUAAUAUAUUAUAGUUUUUAUUAUAAUUUUGUUAAUAUCCGCAGAACGGUAUUGAUAUCCGCAUAACAAUAUUCAUAUCCGCAUAACAAUAUUGAUAUCAGUGGAACAAUAAUGUUAUCCGCGGAACAGUAUUUAUAUCGGCGGAACAAUAGUGAUAUCCGCGGAAUUUAAAUAAAAAUGUUUUUUCGAUUAAACUUUAUUUUACAACCUUUAUAUUGAAAAAGAUUUGGGAUAUUUUCCGUUUUUAUGCACUGGUAUAAUAUUUAUCGUUAUUUCUCCCGCCAGCCGACCUAUACACAUAGUUCGUAUGCUCUAAAUUUAGGUUGAAUGUACGAACCUCUAACUUUAAGGUGUAAUAAAUAUUAUGUGAAUAUUAUUAAUUAAAAACAAAACGAAAUUUUCUGCGCCAUUUUGCAGUUGACUUUUGUAUUAUUUGUUUAUAAUAAAAGAGGGUGUCUUAAGGGUUUUGAGUGGUUUUUGUGAAGAACAGCGUCUUCCAACAUAUGCAUGGCAUAAUAGUUUUUGCAGAAGGAUAUUAACAAGUAUGUAAGGAAAAACAUUUAAUUUUAGUGCAUCAAAACAACCUUUGUGAUUUUUGUAAAACAAAAAAGUUUUAAUUGUGCAAAUUAUUCCAAACUGAUAUUUUGAAGAGACUUUGAAGAGUCUUUCAAGAGAAUUAGAGUCUUGGGUUUACAACAUUAAACAAGGGUUUCUUCAAAACAGCUACAAAUACAAUAUUCUUAUUGCCACCAUAAUUGACAACAGUCGUACAGUCGUAUAUAUAAUAGUAUAAGCAGUAGAAGAUUUACUUUUCUCAUUUUAUAAACUAUCCUAGAAAAUGAUAGAAAUAUCUAAAAACCGAGAAAACAGUUUUUCUUCUUGGAAUCUGAUCCUAUUUUUUUUAGUCAAACACAUUCCUCACCUUUUCACCUUAUGCAUAGCUCUACUAUCAUGUCCGUAUCAUUCGCAAAAGAUAAAAAUUAUAACAGCUGCGAAAACUAGAGGGAAAAUUAAUAUUUGAUAACCACUACAUUUUUAUGGUUCUGUGUUUCUUCGUUGUUGCUUCCUGUAAAAAUUUACAGUUUAAUUUAAAGCAGUAUUUAUCACAGAUCUAUUCAGGUGUGUGCUGAUCCUCCCGAAUAUCAGCCAUUGCAAUUGUGUCAUCGACAUAUCGUAAGUCGUUAAUGCUUUCAUCAUUGAUUUGAACUUUAUAUUAUACUUUUAGUAUAAUAUAAUGUAACAACAAACAGUAUUUCCUAGCAUGCAUUUAAUAAUGUCGGUGAUAAAAUGCAGCCUUGUCGAACUCUCCGUUCUAUUGCAAAUUCUUAAAGAAUCUGAGGUUUUGAUCAAUACUAGAUUAUUUUAAUAUGAAUUUAUCAUAAAACAACAAUCAAAAAAGAGAAUUGAUUGGAUGCACAAAUAUGUGUAGAGAUAGUAAUGGAAAAGCCGGCGAUGAGCAAAAUAGAGUGAAAAUACAAUUUGAACAACAAAGAACAUCUUUCUUAGACAAUAUACAGGGUGUCCCGAAAAGAAUGGUCAUAAAUUAUACCACACAUUCUGGGGUCAAAAAUAGUUCGAUUGAACCUAACUUACCUUAGUACAAAUGUGCUCAUAAAAAAAGUUACAGCCCUUUGAAGUUACAAAAUGAAAAUCGAUUUUUUUCAAUAUAUCGAAAACUCUCAAAGAUUUUUUUAUUGAAAACGGGCAUGUAUAAUUCUUAUGACAGGUCCACCUUAAAACCAAAUUAUAGUGAAAUUUGUCCACCCCAUAAAAAAUUUAUGGGGAUUUUGUUCCCUUGAACCCCCCCAAACUUUUGUGUACGUUUCAAUUAAUUCAUUAUUGUGGUACCAUUAGUUGAAAACAACGUUUUUAAAACUAUUUUGCCCCUUAGUAUUUUUUCGAUAAGCCAGUUUUUAUCGAGAUGCGGCUACUUUUUUACUAUAUUUACAUAAAAAAUUUAUGGGGGUUUUGUUCCUUUAAACCCCCCAAAUGUUUGUGUACGUUCCAAUUAAACUAUUAUUGUGGUACCAUUAGUUAAACACAGUGUUUUUAAAACUUUUUUGUCUCUUAGUUUUUUUUGAUAAGUCAACUGUUAUCGAGAUGUGGCUUCUUUUUCAAAAUAUACCAAAAAAUUUAAGUUAUAAAUAAAUUUUCAGAUUAUUAACAGGUGUCUAUAAUCAUACUUAACCAUAUACAAAUAGGUGGUGGAUUCGACAAAUAUUCAAAAUAUCUCGAUAAAAACUGGCUUAUAAAAAAAGUACUAAGAGGCAAAAAAGUUUUAAAAAUAUUGUGUUUAACUAAUGGUGCCACAAUAAUAAUUUAAUUGGAACGUACAUAAAAGUUAGGGGGGUUUAAAGGAACAAAACCCCCAUAAAAUUUUUAUGGGGUACACAAAUUUCACUAUAAUUUUUUUAUAAGAUGUUGCUACGAUAAACAUUCCUCAUGUACAUUUUCAAUAAAAAACCUCUAGGAGUUUUCGAUAUAUUAAAAAAAAUCGAUUUUCAUUUUGUAACUUCAAAGGGCUGUAACUUUUUUUGUGAGCGCUAUUGUAUAUAGGUAAGUGAGGUUUAAUCAACCUAUUUUUGACCCCAGAAUCUGUGGUAUAAUUUAUGACCAAUCUUUUCGGGACACCCUGUAUAAAGAAUUAUUGUCUGGUUUUUGUCAAAUUUGUAUUUCACAUCGACAAAGAUAGGAAAUAGGUACGGAUUAUCGAACUUGUGUGUUUGACUAUUACUAAAAAUUCAUUGACGUACAGUCCUUAACUUCUGGGAUAUACCAACAAAAAGCUUGAAUCUGCUUUAUUGGUUGCAUAACCCUUUAAAACAUUUCUUCUCCUCUGAAAGAACUAAUAACCUUGUAACAUACCUUGUACGCUGUUUGACACCAGAUUCAGUAACACACAAGUUCAAAACAGAAUAAAUAUGGUUAAUGUUAUGAAACUUGAAACGAAAAUACGAUGUGUUAAUCAGUAUACACUAUACACACACGCCAAGAAAAAAUAACAAUCAGUACUUGGUCUGGGUUAGAGGUGGACGGAUCGAUCAAUACUCGACCCGGUAAGGAACGGGAAAGCGACAAAUCAAUACUUGGUCGCCGCGGCAGGACGGUUUGUCCUUAAAUAAACAAUUUAAGACCCGGUUUGGGAGCUGCUACUAAACCAACACUUUAGCAGAUGCGGUUGGCCUUCAGCCAAUGCCCUAGGGCCAGUGGAGUUGUUACCAGAUUAACACUCCGGCAGAAAUUUCCUCUCUCUUGUGACGAACAUAUCGUUGCUGGUGAUCCAUCUCUAACCUGACGUAGCUAACCAAUUACACAUAUUUAUUAACUUUCAAAAGACCCAAGAUACAGCAACAAACCCCAGGUUUUAUACAAUUUUGGAUCAUUUUACAUAAUUAAAACUAACGUGAACUACCAGAACUAAAGUUAAAUGUUUUAUAACUCUAUUAACAUACAUAUUGGUAUCCUUCUAUGUCGUUAGCAGUAGUAGUUCAUUUCGCACCUACUUUUAUAGAUGUAAACUCAACACUUGAGACAUUUCUGAAAAUCUUAAGAGGAUUUGGUGUUAGAUUUGUGUGCCCCUUUGCCAAAGCAUAAAAUGCUUCACUUCUUUAUAAUGGAUUAAUGUUUUGUAACAACCCGUUUAGAAAAUGUUGCAUGUUUUUUGGUAUACAUACUGCAGAUAUGAAAGGAGCAAAAGAGACCGGACUACAAAUAAAUAUCUAGAGUCUAGAGGAAAGAGAUGCACAGUUGAAUUGAAGAAUGAUAUUGAAACUAAAGUUUCACAUAUCUAGGAGUUGCAUUAAACAUUUUAUACUUAAGCACAUUGAGCACAUAUCUGGCGAUCAAUGUGUUAAGAAUAAAAAGAGGUGUAGGUUAACUGUGAACAUAGUAAAUUACCCAAAACAUGAGUUUUUAACAUUCUGUAUUGAAAAGAAGUUGGUAUGGAAUUUAAAAUUUUACUCGUGAUUCAUUUAAAACUAAAAUUUAGUUGAUUCAGUGAAAACACCACAACUAAAAUUUGCUAGAUAAUUAGCAAAUGAAUGUGCAGUUGGGACGAAUAUGCAGCUUCGGGUGAGGUAAAUGUAGCAUUCAAUUAUUGGUAAUUGGAAAUUUGAAUAACAAUAAUAGACCAUGGAUAAUUGCAACGUUGCGUUUAGUUUAAUAUGGGUAAUUGCAGUAUAGCCUAGAAAAUCUUCAUGCAUUAUUCAAGAAAAUCGUAUACGACUAAUUCUCCAUAUAUAUUAGUUAACACAAAUAAUUUAUAUGGAGAAUUAUAUGUAUUAUUAUGCUCUGUAUUUUCUUCUUGUCAUGGGAUCAAGAUGCCUUUUAUUAAUUACAUUAAUUAAUUAAUUAAUUUAAUAGCUAUUCAUAAAAGAAAAUCACAUUUAAUAAACUUUUUCAACAAAACACAUUCUCAGGGCUAAUUGAUUGUAUGCAUUACCUUUAUUUUGUGGCUUCUAGUAUUUCUCGUUGCUUGCAUUAUCCAGGAUAAACAGGGAAAUAAAUUACUCAAAAAUUAUAUAAAUUUUAUAACUACUAUUUAUUUAUAUACUAUACCAUAAAUAUACAAAAUUCAAAUUUAUGCUAAACUUUAUUCUCUUGUAAAUUUCUUAUCUAAUCAUAAAAAACCUUAAUUCUAUUAUCUCCUUUGUGAAACAAAUUCAUUCAAUUGAAUUGGUAGACUGUUUUGAUUAUUAUUAUAAAAAGAAAACCAAUUUUAAUUUCCACUUUUUAAAUAGAUUACUUAUAUUUUCCAUGAAUUUAUGAAUGAAUAAUUUAUGUUGUAAUACUAUUAAGUGGACAUUGCUUAAAAAAAAAACAAAUAUGGUAUGUAAUACAAAACAACUCUCUCUUUUCACAAAUAAUCUGACUAACCUUUGCCGACGUCCUUAUUUAUUCUGCUGGAUUGUGUUGUCCUUAGAUCUCCCACAACCACAACGUGCUCCUCGGAUUCUGCAAACUGUACUUUUACUUCAACUGUUUCAAAAAAAAAACAGCACUCGUUCGAAUUCUCUCCUCAAAUUAAAAUCUCUGAUUCGAUAAAAACAAUAUCAAUCUUUAGAAUCCGAAGAUUUUUUUUUCAGCUGGGUACCUCGUGCAAAGUUUAUAUAAUACUGCUACUCGUUACUGACAGAAACUGGAAUCUUUUCAGACACAAGGAGUUUGUACUUCUCGACUUGAGCUCGUUUUCGUCUCACACGAAUCUGCUUCCACGGUCACCAAAUUAACACACUUUGCACAAAUACACUAAUUUCAAACUGGACUGAUUGCUUUGGGUGAUAAUUACACAAUGAUUCCCCUUUUUCUCAUCAAUUUGAAACUCUCCACUCUAUUCUCCUUCCAUCGCUAUCAUAGCCAAUCACAAGCAUUCACCAAACAUCAUAUCCUUACUUUAUUUUCUUAAGAAAAAAUAGUGUUGUAUACAAAAUUUCUUUCUUCUCAAUUUCUAGGAGGUAUUAAAAUUAUUUUUAUUUACAAUCUAGGAAAACCCUAUAUCCUAAACUAAACAAAAAUGUUUACUAUCAUUUCUUUCUAGGAAACCAUUUAGAAAGCAUUGUCUAAUGUUAAAUCACCUCGGUAUACAUUAACUUUCUAAACAAACCAUUCUAGUCCGUUCUUUUGAAAUUUAUAAAAUGUUCGUAGAAACUCUACCACUAAAAUUUUACUCUUCUGCGAAACACUUCUUACUGCUAAAUUAUUUUAUUUACAAAAUUUGACCGUAUACAGGGUCAUGGAAAUCUACGGUCUCGUGGUCUUUGAUAUAAAAUUAUUUUUUAAAUUCUCCCCAUAAAAAUUAUUUAAUAGUAUAUACUCACAUAUAUGGAGAAUUUCUCUUAAUAAUCCAUAAAGACUUUCAGCCUGUACUGUAGUUGUAUACAACGCUUCAAAAAUUGUAUUCCCGUUACUGGAAGAGGUUCGUAGGAAUAUGAGUUCCCUGUCCCUCCCCAUCAAAUUAUAAUUAAUUCACUUUCUUGAGCUUUACCUGAUCAUUCUUUAAAAGCCAUACGGUUGCAUCUUGACAUUCUUCUUCUUAUUGCGCGACUUCCUUUCGAAUGUUGACGAUCCAAAUGGCAAUUGUAGGGUAGCCUUGGAACCUGCUGCACGAAAAGUUUCUGCCGAUGAGCGGUCAAACCAUCUCCUGAAGUCUUUCAGCCACAAGUUUUGGCGUCUACUACCUACUGAUCUUUUAACCAACCUGUACUUUACCUUCCAAUAAGAUUUGAAGUAAAGCGUUUCUUUCUGCUCUCAAGACAAGAUGCCAGUAUUGUAUUUUCCUUUCUUUGAUUAUUCUUAGAAAUUCUGUUUGUUUACUCAUGCGCCGACGUACCUAAUUGUUAGUAACUUUUUGUACACAUGGAAUUCUUGACCUUCAUCUGCUGUUUAACGCUCCUAAUUGUCCACUUAUCUUUGAUUUAUACACUUAUUUAUACAAUGUAAUACAAAUUAUUUCCUUUACAUUCACUUCUCUCAAUAGUGCUUCAGUCCAAAUUGAGCCUUGGUCUCCUCUAAUUUCAGUUUCCAAUGCUGUCAAUCACUUCGCUCUUUCAUCUUUUACGUGGUCUUCCUUUUGGUAUUAUGCCCUGAAUUUUACUAUCUAGGAAUCUUCUUAAUAAUAUAUUUUCAACCAGUUACAUGACAGCAGAAACAGUCGAAGGAAUAGGAAAGUAUAAGCUGAUCUAAGCAUAUAUUUCUGUGGCCUCUUGCGUUCUGCGAGACAUAAUGCUGAUGCCAUCGGCAUAGGUGGCAAUCUGUAUUGAUUUAUUUAUUAGAAAACUCUUGCUGUCUUCAACUGUCUUAUCAUAUAUUCGAGAGGCAGGUUUAAUAAUGUCGGUGCAAAACAUAUUCUUAACUAAUCUUCAAACCAUGAUAUCAAGAUAUACAUCUUUCUUCCAGAUUCAUCAUAUUUUCCUUUUAGAUUGUGUUCUUUACGUACCAGACUAUAUAGAGUUCAUGACUUGAAUGAAUAUGUGACUGAAUAUGUACAUGAUGAAUAAAUGUCCAACAUUUUUGAAGAAAUACUUAAAAAAGCCAAUACCAUCGCAAUUUAAUUAGAAAUCAUCAAAUAAACUGACAGAAAAUUCAAGAAAAAUGUACAGUGGAACCUCGAUAACUCGGAUUAAUCGGGACCGCGGCCGAUCCGGGUUAUCGAAAAUCCGAGAUAGCCGGAGAAUAUGGUAAAAAUUAAUAAAAUACGGUAUACUUACAGAUAAACUCGGUUAGAAUUGAAAUAACAUGAAAUAUAUUUAUAAAUAUGCACAGUACCUACACAUCAAAAUUACUAAAAAAAAACACCAAACACAAACGUAAGCAAACGGAAGCGAACAAUACAAGUCACAACGAUGUAAUGUUAUUUAAGAACAGUGAAAACUAAAGACCAUUGUUUAUAAAAGAAUUUUUUAAAUAGUCUUUCCUAAACAAUGCUAAGACAGUUUGAAAUAAAAAGGAAUAGGUACUACAGACAGGUGCCUGUUGUUUCUGCGGCGUGUGCUGAGUCAUUUUUACUGUCGUAUAGUUCAAAUUACACACAUACACAUUAUCUCUCAAAUAUUAUAUUACAUACAUUUUUAUUGUUGAAAGGUUUGUCUGAUAAUUAACUAUUUUGAUGGGAAAUAAGCCACAAUUAAAUUGAAAAAUAAUUUUAUUAACGUUUCGCGACGCCCAAAUCGGGUCGUUGUCAAAAUACAAAAUAUUGAAAAUCAAAAUGUUUAUCUGAUGAAAAUCGGUCCGGGUUAGCCGGACUUCCGGGUUAUCGAGGGCCGACUUAUCGGGGUUCCACUGUACUUAUAUAAAAACUAGAUAUGAAUUAACGCUGAAGAGUCUCAACCUUAACAUUUGCGAACCAACGGCAGUAUGUUUACCAAAUAAAACGAUGUAAUUGUAGGCCUAAAUUUCAAUUGCUUUAGUUUAAUCAUUUAGAUCUAAAUUAAUAAUUUAAACCAAGUUUUAUACUAAAUUUGACGUAGUUUAGAAAAUAGGUUAUAACAUUCCUAUAAUUAAAACUCACCAAUAGAAAACUAUUCAUUCACAAUGUUAAAUAAAUUUUUUCCAAGUCGCUGGUCAUACUAUUUUAUUGGUUUUGGAAAAACUUCUUACAUGCCAAGAGAUACCAGAUAUCUUCACUCAGACCUCUGUACAGUGUACUUUUCUUUCUACGAAGUCGGUAAUUGAGCCAACAUCAAAAGAGGCUCGCUUUACAACUUUGAUGACCAUCUAGAGAAAGCAAAGUCAACUUAGAUUUGCCUGAAGAACGUACUCGAUUAUAUUCUUCAUUGAUCCAGAUAUAAUCCUUCUAAACCAAUAUGUGGCUUAGUUUCGAUGUUUUUUAAUAUGGAUCAAAUCAUAUGCAACUCUCAUAUAUUAUGCUUCUGCAGCUUGUCAUUACUCUAGCAACCUUCUUAGAGAGAUUACUUUUCAUUCGCUCUUGACCCGUGUCCAAUCUUAAUCUUCUCGUUUUUUCCUUAUGUUUUCUCACAACCAGGUUCUGAGGUUCUUUAACCAGGAUGUUUUGUUUCUUCCUGGACCUCGCUUUUAAAAUCAUUUUCCUUGCAGGAUGGCCCACUCCUCAACACAAAUCGUUGCAUAUGCAGAUUAUUUAGUUAUUAUGGGAAGAGACAAGGAAAGAUUAAAAUAAGCAGUAACAAUCCUGGCAAAAGAAGCACGGAAAAGAGGUCUAGAAAUUAACGAAGGAAAAACAAAAUAUCUACUCUGCUCUAGAAGAGAAGAUAACAGGAUGAGAGAAAUCAAAAUAGAAAACUACACUUGUGAAAGAGUACAACAAUUUAAAUAUUUGGGAGUAAUAGUGAAUGGCCAAAACAAGAGAAGUGAAGAAGUAAUGAAACGAAUACUAGCAGGCGACAAAACAUACUGGAGAUAUCAUAGGAUUAUGAAGGACAAGAACUUAUCCAGAAAUACAAAACUAAAAAUAUACAGAGUUGCAAUCAGACCAGUAGUUACGUACGCAGCUAAGACAAUGUGCCUCACGGAAAAAGGUGAAAAAAAAUUGAGAAUAUUCGAAAGGAAAAUCCUCAGACGGAUUAUGGGCCCGAUAAGAAUGGACAACGGAGAAAUGAGAAGAAGAAUGAACCAUGAACUAAGAGACAUAAUGAAGGGAGAAGAUAUAGUUGGAUUUAUUAAAGCACAGAGGCUGAGAUGGCUGGGACACAUAGAGGGAAGGAAAAACGACCUACUCAUUAAGAAGAUCACCAGAUGGAAACCAGAAACUGAAAGACCAAAGGGAAGACCCAGAGAGAGAUAGGAGGACCAGGUCAUGAGAGAUAUCAAAAUUCUGGAAGGGAGAAACUGGAGCGCACUAUGCACAUAUCGAAAUGAGUGGAAGCAAAUUGUAACGUAAGCCAAGUCAUACAACAAACUUUGACAACAUACAAGUGGAAUGCGGAGUGAUUCACCGCAAUAAGCGAAUCAUAGAGCUCUAAGUAAGAGUGGCAAACAUUCCACCGGGAAUGAAAAGCCCUGAUGAUGAUGAUGAUGUGUUCACCUUCAACUCUGAGAUUUGCGCUCUGAUUCCAGUAAAGGUUUCUAAUUAUUUUCAGGUCUUGGUUGUUAAUUCUUGCUUCUUUUAGUAUUUUCAUCAUCUUGGCGUGCUGUACUCAAUCAAACGCUUUCUUGUAAUCAACCAGACAUGCGUAUACGUCGCAAUUGAUGUCUCUGAAUCUCUGGAAUAAGACUUGUAUUGAGAAUAAAGCCUCUCUCGUACCAACAGCAUUUGAGGCCCCUAGGAAGGGGUGUAAGUGGCAAUUUCUAGGAAAUUGGGAUAAAUACAAAAAUGGACUCCUAAACACAUAGACAAUAUGGUGUGAGAAGAAAUGAUAUGUCAUUGAAAACAUGCUAACUAGUAUGUACCUAAUUUUUAAAUUUGACUAGAACUUUGAACUAAGUUUUCUGAAAACUUGGCAUUUACAUCCAUUGUGUUCUAGGAGCUUCAUUUGUAAACCCGAACUGGUUAGGGGAAAUUUGACGUAACACAACUUGUAAAUUCUCUUAUGGAUUAUCUUUAGCAACAAUGGAGAUGACUCAUGAAGCUUAUCGUAUGACAUUCUUCGCAUUUUUUGGCUUAUUAAUUAAUUAUAAUUUAAUUUGUAACACAAUACUCUGGGUAUUGGGAUUCUGAAGAGGAAGAACUGACGAAAUAGGGGAAAACUGGACUAGAAGAGAUUUAAGACACUAAUGAGAGUGGCUUAGCUCAGAAGAACAAAUCAAAUAUGCAGAGAGACACUAAAUCUCAAGUGAGUAUUCGGGCUAGCUUCAAUACACUGAAUAUUGGCUUUGAGAUAUAAAACAGAGAUAUGGGAUAACGAAAUGAUAGAAACAAGGAAGAAAAUGAGACCUGUUAAUAGAAAAAUGGAAGGCAACUAGAUAAGAACGCUGGAAAUAGAGUGAUAUGAAGGUACGACAAGGAAAGAAGAAGGGCGCCAACUCGAACAGACAGCUCGGCUUUCUGGACCGGGAAUUUGAAAAGUUCGAAAUUUGGAGGAACGAAUGACAGGAAAUAAAUGACAGUUGAUACAAUGACCUGAAAUACAAAAUACUCAAUACUUACCUUGUCUUGCUAUAUUUAUAUACUGAUAAUAGAGACUGAAAUAAAAAUCAACCGUACUAAUGACUAAUAUAUUUCUAAUAAAUAAUUCCAAACAGUGUAGAUAUAAAAAUAAGUUUUUUGGAAGUGCAAUAAACUCAGAAUUUUGAUUGUAGUUCGCACUUUUUGCUUGUAUAUUAUACAGGGUGUUGCGGUUACUUUAAUACAUAACUCACCUACCAAACUAGUUAGGACGGCGAAUGGAAAAAAACAUUGUAGUGACUGUCAGUAAAGUUUUGAAUAGAUGGUUUACUUAUAUUCUGGUGAUUUAAGAUUGUUACAAAAAUUUACACUUCUUAAUUGAACCACUCAGUAUACCAAGUCCUCUUAACGCGUUGACUUUUAGGUGAUAUAUUUGUAUAUAAGCUACCUUUUUAGUCUGAUAUAACAAGAAAUGAAUAACACUCGUUAUAUUUUCCAUUUUUUAUCUUUUAUUACUAUGUGUAAUUUGUAUGUAUUGUAUGUAUGUACAUGUAUGUUACAAAACAUGGCCAGUCAGAUGUAUUAGUAUUAAGUGUUGUAAGUAUUAAGCUUCGUGGAAAGGUAUCGCGUCUUGAAACAGUCAAAAAUUAACGAAACAUUGAAUCUAAACAAACAAAAAUAUGUUUUUAUACUUUUUUACUAGGUUUCAGUAGUAGGUACCAAAAAACAACUUGAGCAAUAUCCUUUUCUUCUUUCAUAUAAUAAUUUCUUGUUAGUCAUUUUAAAGUUAAAUAAGCAUACAUAGAUUAUCUGGAAGUUAGAAAACUCUUCUUUUUUUAAUGUCUACUCAUCAAAUUGGAGAAAAGCCUUCCAAGCUUAUCCAUGAAUAAGAAAAGUCGAAUUUUCAGCAAAAUAAUAAAAAUAUUUUUAUUAUUAUUUUGCUUAUUUAUAGUUACCUACAUACGGACUGAAAGUCUGGCAAGUUCAAAAUACAGCAGAGAAAAUGCUUAAGACAACCGAAAUGGAUUUUUGACGAUGAUCUGCUUAAAAAAUCAAAGAAAAGGAAAGUGACUAACUGACCACAUAACAGAGAUCAAGAAAUUUUAAGGGGUUACAUUAGGUCUUACGGGUACAAAAAGUGACUUUUAAAAAAAAUUAUAUCUCGAAAACUAAAAAUUAUUUUUAUUUAUAAUUGGAAUAUGUAAAAGUGUAGUACUUAAGGUACUCUCAAAAAAAUUUUCAGCCAAAAAUAUUCAUUUUUGUAGAGUUGACUGCAAUUUUUCGACAAUAGCCCUUUUUUGCGGUGGGCAACAUAACUAAGUCCAGUCUCAUCUGAAAUAAAAAAAUCAAAAAGUUUCUUGUAGUUUAUACCUCUGGCUAGUGAAUGAAUGAAGGAAUUUUUAUUAUUUAAGUUGUUUUUUUUUUUAUAUAAAAAAACUACUUUAAAAAUGAUCAUUUUUGAAAAAAUGAGAAAAAUUGGGAUCGAAAAUGUGUUUAAACUUAUGUAAAAUCUUCAAAUUUCAUUUUUUUUUUAAAUUCCUUCGUUAAUUCACUAGCCAGAGAUAUAAACUAUAAGAAACUUUUUGAUUUUUUGAUUUCAGAUGAGACUGGACUUAGUUAUGCUGCCCACCGCAAAAAAAGGGCUGUUGUCGAAAAAUUGCAGUCAACUCUAUAGAAAUGAAUAUUUUUGGCUGAAAAUUUUUUUGAGAGUACCUUAAGUACUAUACUUUUACAUGUUCCAAUUAUAAAUAAAAAUAAUUUUUAGUUUUCAAGAUAUAAUUUUUUUAAUAUAAUUUUUUUAAAAGGUCACUUUUUUUACCUGCAAGACCUAUUUAAUCCCUUAAGAAAUACCUAUGGUAAAAUAGAGAGAAAUAGAGAGUAUAAUAGGAAGGCGACGCAAAACGUUCAAAAAACAAAGAUAUAUAAUCCGAUUUCAAAUAAAUAAUUAUGUAAUGUACCAAUUGGACCUCCCAAGAUAUAAUAAUGUACCAAGAGCAGUUGCAUGCAAAACAAUGGAUUAUAUUGGCGUAAGAGAAAGAAAGAUUGAAGCAAUUGGAAGAAACCUACAUUCAGAAGUGGAUGAAAAAUGGUUGACAAAGAAGAGGAAGAAGACUAAUUAUGUCAUAUUUAUAUCAAAAUUAAUGUAAGACUCUAAAAUACAACUAAAAUUCAAACAGAAAAUAAACCCCGACUCUAGAAAUAAUGGAAUAUAACUCUGGUGAAUAAAGAGAUAAUAAAAUAAGAAGUAAAUAACAGAGACAGAGGGGAUCCAAGAACGCUGUUUUGAAGUAGAUACAUCCAUCCGAAUUUCUUAAAUAAGCUCACGUGUAAAUAAUAUACAAAAAGAAAUAUUUACACCCUGUCUAACCUGCCAUUCUGUGACGCCUGUUCCGCUAUUUUUAGCUCGUAAAUAAAAUGCUUUGGAAUAACUACUGCUUUAAUUUUUUUAAUUACAGUUCUAAUAUUUUAUAUUGUAUUAACAAAUGUUUCUUUAAUUGUUGGACUGUCUAAUGCGCUAUAGUUUCCAUGGAUAAAUUAUUGGUAUAUAGGUAUAGUUAACGAGAUAUUUUUAUUUUAUAUUUUUUCCAUGUUUUUCAUAUACAAGUAUGUUCAUAUUAUAUGUAUGUAUAAAUGUAUAUGCUCUAAUUGUUGCACAAAUCUUUUAUUAAUUCUUUAUUUUAAAUUUUAUUCAAAAUUUUCGUCAUCCAGUCAAACUGUCGGCGAGAUUUCGUAUGCUAGCUUGUAUUAUGCUCAGUGCAAAUAAACGUUAAAAUAAAUACUGUUAAAAUUA